AUGUUCUACCGUAUUUCAGCUGAGAGGGGUCAGUGCAGCGGUCGCGCGACGGAGGGUGAGAACCACCCGUCCUCACCCAGCUCUCACCCUGUCUAUUGCGCACUCACCCUACUCACCCCCGGUCGCGCGACGCUAAAGCGGCUCUCACCCAUUUCUCACCCUAGCGGCACCCACCGAACUACUGGCCGCAUUUAA